UCGUGGAUUUCAUGAAAAAAGUUUUAAUUUUUUAGGAACAAAUUAAAACUAAAAACAUUUUUUUAAGCAUGAUGCCUAAGAAACAAAACAUCCUACGCUAGACAUACAUAUUACACAUAAAAUAUACGUUAAAUUUACAUGAUAAGGCAAAAUUAAGUGAUCUUUUCUUUUUGUCGAAAAUAUAUUCUAAGUUUUAUUAUUUUUUAGUUUCUGUAUGGAUAUAUUAGAAAAUCAGGUAAUAUGUCUAAUCACGACGCUCUUUUUGAAGCUGAACGAUUGAAAGAAGAAGAAUUAGCACGAGAAUUGGAACAUAGCGACUCCAUUGAGGAUGAUUCUCAUGACAUUUCUAUGGAAAUUGAAGAGAAACUACUUAAGGAAGAACCGGAGUAUACAACUUUGGUUAACUAUGGUGAAAGCGAUCAGAAUACAAAUAUUGAAACUGAGGUGAUAGAUACAUAUGCAGAAAUUUCUCAAAAUGUUGAAACUGUUCACAAAGCUGAUGAACUUGGAAAUAUUUAUACAGACAAUUCUGAAUACUUGAACCAAACAGAUGUUCUCACUGAUGUAACUGACCAUUAUGAGUCAUAUGGAAAUGACUAUCAGUUUGAAAAUUCUUACAACCAGUUUCAGUCCGAUGGUGAAAAAUAUGACAGAGGAGUUGGUGAUGCAGAAACUUCAGUAGUACCAGCAACCACUGACUUUCAUCACACUGAAAGUUCCCAUAUUUAUGAGUUUCAAACUGCUGAGGAUCUUAUUAACGAAAGGGAGAGAGAAAAAAAGAGUAAGAAAGAGCUGGAAGAAGAAGAAAGGGAGAAAAUGCAGGUUUUGGUGUCAAAUUUCACUGAAGAACAAUUGAAUAGAUAUGAGAUGUAUAGAAGAGCAGCCUUUCCAAAAGCUGCUGUAAAGAGACUUAUGCAAACAAUCACCGGUUGUUCUGUUGGACAGAAUGUUGUUAUUGCUAUGUCUGGUAUUGCCAAGGUCUUUAUUGGUGAAGUUGUUGAAGAAGCCUUGGAAGUUUUGGAGAAAUCUGGUGAGUCAGGUCCCUUACAGCCAAAACAUCUACGCGAAGCUCUGAGGCGUUUGAGGGUGAGAGGUGCUAUUCCCUCAAGAAAAGUUCACAGGAGUUUCUUCAAGACCUAGAUUUUGUUUUCAACUCAUCAGUAGUACAUAAUUUUAAAGUGUAAAUAUUAAUAUUUAUGUGAUAUUUUCGAGCUAACAUUGAAUUAAAAUAAAACUUGUUUAUAAAUACAUGGUUACAUAUUUAAAAAAUGCU